UAUCUACCACAUGUUUGAUCUGUUGGUACCGCUGGCUGUCUACCUACAUAUAACAAAUCUUCCUUCCUUUCUCAUCCGGCCCGGCUGUGGCCAGCUCACGAAAGCCCUGAAUUGCAGGCUUUCUAUCAUCGUAAGAAUUGCCGCUCUUGGAGAGAAUAUGGAAGCGUGUAAUACUCACGUGUGUCGUGAAAAUUUCCUAAAAUAUCCAAGUCUGGGAGAGCCCUACGCUUCGACGACUGCUGGCAUUGCACUCCGCCACACCAAUUCACAACCUACGUAUACUGCCAACCACAAACGGCCUCUGCUGAAGGCUCAUAUUUCAAGAUCGCCGCAAGUCAGCCCACGGCACGUUCGCAAAAGGCAAACUACCAUAUGGAAAGGACCACAUCAGGUCCACCGCUUCGCUAACGAGGUUGGGGAGUCAAUUGUUCUAGUCAAGAUUUCAAACACUACCUAGUGCCUGCCACGAUGUCGACCCUGAAAGACACGGUAAUCCUCUUUACCGCCUUUCUGUUCUUAUCUCCGGCAAUUAUGCUCCUCCGGCUCUUCGUCGUGUAUCUACGGGAUGACAAAGGGUUUCGAAAGUAUCCUACCCAAAAUUGGGCUUCAGGGCUGACGCCCCUCGCCUAUGGAUGGGAAUGUAGCCGUACGCAAAAGGACAUCCAUAGCAAGCGCCUACACGAGGCACUCAAAACAAAUCCAGUGCUGCGUAUCGCGCCGAACUGGCUGGCGUUUGGUCGUUCGCAAGCUGUCAAGGAUAUCUAUGGGUAUACCUCGAGAUGCCGCAAGGCUGCCACUUACGAUCUCCUCUCCCAAACAGGCGCCAAUCUCAACAAUAUCAGUGACAAGGCUUUCCACUCGGCACGGCGCCGCAUGGUGGCUUCAGCUUACGCGCCAAAGCACGCCGACGUCUGGGAGCCCAAGGUUGCCGACUCGAUCACGGCUCUCAUGGCCCAAAUAGAUAUACGAUGUACCGGCCCGCGAGGUCAGGACCUAUUUGACGCCGUUCAUUGGAUCUUUCUCUUCUCGGUCGAGAGUGUCAUCAAGGUCAUGCUCAGCAAGGACGUGUUGUUUCUCCGUAGUGGAACCGACUAUAUCUAUUUCAAGGAUGCAGACGGAAAAGAUCAGGCAGUACGGUCCAUCCACAAUGUGCAUGCGUCACAGCGAGCUGCAGCAGCGGUCAUCUGUAUGUUAAUACGGUUCUUGGUUCCCUGCAUGGCCAAAGAUGGUGUUCGCUAACCUGGAGCAGGGGACGUAAAGAGAUUCCCUCUUUGGCAACGCUUGACUGGUUGGGUUUCAAGAACGUAUGCAGACAACUGGCAGAGUGGGGGAAAAUUCCAUGAUGCAAUGGAAGCGCUUACGAAAGAGCGUAUCCAGCGUCACGCCAAGGGCGAGGAGCUUAACGACCUGUUUCA